AAUAAAGAUUCAAGGUAUAUACUGUUUGUUGCUUUUGUUACUUGUAGUUAGAUGUGCUAUAACACUUGGCAUACAUGUUCAUAUCAAGAAAAAUCAUGGAUAACCUAAGAAGAUGUAGGAUGCUACAAAUCCAGUCUCAGACCUAAGAAGACAUCUUUUUCGACCAUGAUAAUUUUUUAGGCAUUCAUGAAAAAUUUCUUGUUACUUCAAUAAGCUGGGGUUUGACAUAAAAGUAUAUUGUUAUGAUCCUUUUGAGCAAGGAAUGUUCAGGUGCUUGACCACCUACUGAAGCACAGAAAAUGCAUGAGAUAAGAAAACCGAGGAAGGUAUUAUGGUGGGUCAUCUUGGUUCUUUGAUUCUACUCUAGUGUGCAAGUUUGUGGUUAUCAUAAAUGAUGCAAGAGUUCUUCGUUCCAUCUCCACAGCUGCCAAACUUCUUUGCAACCUUGUUGACGAAGAAAGACGGUCAAUGACACGCCCGCUGACCAAUAGCGAAUGGAGUUGUUCCACAUGUAACGCCACGCCCUUUUCGGUUUUCUCUGCCCUCUCGGCUUCCUCUCUUCCGUGCAAGCAUUGCAUUAGAAGACGUUGACGGCUGGUCUGCUCGGACGGACUCCCCUCUUACGCCUGCCUCCGCGACGACCAGGUUCUCCAUCUCUCUCCUCCUCAGAUCCGAAAGGUUCAGAGCCUAUCGAUCUAUCGGCUAAAGAACAGAAGGAAAUCGACGAGAGAAAGAAACGAAGGUAGAGAGAUGCCCAAUUGGGAGCUCAAGCACUGCUGCGACCACGAGCAGUCCGUCUUCAUCGUCACCAUUGCCGUCUUCACCGUCGUCAUCCUCGCCUUGUGGAGGACAGUGCUGCUGACACCUUUCAAGCUCAUCACGGUGUUUCUCCAUGAGACGAGCCAUGCUCUCGCCUGCAAACUAACAUGCGGUGAUGUUGAAGGCAUACAGGUACAUGCAAAUGAGGGUGGAGUCACACAAACUCGUGGUGGGAUCUAUUGGAUCAUUUUGCCAGCUGGAUAUCUUGGCUCAUCAUUCUGGGGAAUGGUUUUCAUUCUUGCAUCUACUAAUCUUCUCACAACGAGAAUUGCUGCUGGUUGCUUCCUGCUUGCAUUGCUUGUUGUACUAUUUGUUGCCAAAAAUUGGUUGCUUCGUGGACUUUGUAUAGGCUUUAUCAUAUUUCUUGCAAUUGUUUGGCUUCUGCAAGAAACUACCAAGGUUCGCAUUCUUCGCUUCGUCAUUCUGUUUAUAGGUGUCAUGAACAGCUUAUUUUCUGUCUAUGAUAUCUAUGAUGAUUUAAUUUCUCGAAGAGUUCACUCGAGUGAUGCCGAGAAAUUUGCUGAAAUUUGUCCUUGCCCUUGUAAUGGUGUUGCAUGGGGAGUUAUUUGGGGUCUAAUAUCAUUUACAUUCCUUUGUGGAUCCAUUUACCUUGGUCUUGUUAUUCUCUCUUAAGGUCUCAUGCGUAUGCCUCGAUCCGGAUAUGCUCAGAUUGGAUUGAAUGUGCUAUUCUUGGCAGAUUGCCAUUAAAUUGAAUAGUGCCAGAUUCAUUUGACUUUCAUCAUUUCUGGGUUAUCAUUUGAGACUUGGGUUUCUCUUGACAAUACUGAUGUUUCCUGUAAUCUGCAUAGCAAAUCAUUCUUUGCAACUUGUGCCACCACUCUAAUUUAUUGCUUCAUUUGACACUAACACUUGGUAAUGUUCAUGUCUCCUAUCA